AUGCCAGCCAACCUCACAGAGGGCAGCUCACCUGCCAACCAGACCAUGCCAAUGCUAGAUGCCUCCCCAGUAGCUUGCACUGAAAUUGCUACUUUCACUGAAGUGCUGGCGGCAGAGGAGUGGGGCUCCUUCUACUCCUCCUUCAAGACGGAACAGCUGAUAACCCUGUGGGUCCUGUUUGUCUUCACCAUUGUGGGAAACUCUGUUGUGCUGUUCUCCACGUGGAGAAGGAAAAGAAAGUCCAGAAUGACCUUCUUUGUGACUCAGUUGGCCAUCACGGACUCUUUCACAGGACUGAUCAACAUCCUGACAGACAUUAUUUGGCGAUUCACUGGAGAUUUCAUGGCCCCCGACCUGGUUUGCCGAGUCGUCCGCUAUUUUCAGGUUGUCCUGCUCUAUGCCUCUACCUACGUCCUGGUGUCCCUGAGCAUAGACAGAUACCAUGCCAUCGUUUACCCCAUGAAGUUUCUUCAAGGAGAGAAGCAAGCCAAAGUCCUCAUCGGGAUAGCCUGGAGCCUCGCGUUCCUGUUUUCUGUCCCCACACUCUUCAUAUUCGGAAAAAGGACGCUCGCCAAUGGUGAGGUGCAGUGCUGGGCACUGUGGCCAGAUGACUCCUACUGGACUCCAUACAUGACCAUUGUGGCCUUUCUGGUGUACUUCAUCCCACUGACAAUUAUCAGUGUCAUCUAUGGCCUUGUGAUCCGAACUAUUUGGAUUAAAAGCAAAGCCCACGAGACGGUGAUUUCCAACUGCUUGGAUGGCAAACUAUGCAGCAGCUACAACCGAGGGCUCAUCUCGAGAGCAAAAAUCAAGGCCAUCAAGUAUAGCAUUGUCAUUAUCCUCGCUUUCAUCUGCUGCUGGAGCCCAUACUUCCUCUUUGACAUGCUGGACAAUUUCAACCUGCUUCCGGACACCAAGGAGCGCUUCUAUGCCUCCGUGAUCAUCCAGAACCUGCCAGCCCUGAACAGUGCCAUCAACCCGCUCAUCUACUGCGUCUUCAGCAGCUCCAUCUGCUUCCCCUGCAAGGAGCAGAGAUCACAGGACUCCAGAAUGACAUACCGAGAGAGAAGCGAGAGGCAAGAGAUGCAGAUUCUCUCCAAACCGGAAUUCAUCUAA